UUCUUGCAAAUUUGAUCUAUCCUUCCACAUUACCCAUCGAUUUCUGAUCUUCUCCUGCCACAAAACAUCCAUCAAUUGGGGUUUCUCCGCCAGUUUAGUCACCCAAUUCCGCCAUGGUAGCGAGCUCGCCGCGAACAGGAUCAAAGUUGCUUCUUCGGUGAAAGAUCAUCUCACUAAUUUCCCGCACUUUCGCCACUAUCGAGGAACCGAUGUCAACCUGACCCGUAGCUACAGUAGCUCCUGUCCCCUUAGCAGCACAUAUUGAGGAAUACUCUGAAGGAGAACACCAGCUAUGCCAUGAUCAAGCGAACCUACGAACGCGCAUUUCACAUAAAGCAGCUCAUAUCAUACUCUGGAAGCCUCUCUGUGCCCAUCGUUUAAAUCAUAGAGGAUAAGAAGUCUCAAGUGGUGUAUGCCAGAAGCCCUCUAUCCAGAAAUGAAACGACAAAGGAAACAAGAUUUCCUCACAUAUCUACCAUCACAAAUCAUCACCAGUAUCCUUUCAAGCCUUCCCAUUCGAACCAUUGUACAAUACAAGUGUGUUUGCAAACAAUGGCUCCAUCUGCUUGAGACUGAUGAGUUUGUCCGUUCACAUCUUGCUAUAUCAGUCCCCACUCUGGCUGUCUUGACACCAACAUGGAAACCAUGUCCGAACUCAAUUUCUGAAUCUGAAUAUGGAGAGAGGACUCGCAGCCUACCUGUCAUCCUACAGAGAGACUCAAGUUUGUGCAUAGUUUUCGAAUUUGAAGAUGACCAAAAUCUUGAGCGCCACGAUCAUCACUUCAGCCCACUGACCAAUUUUGAUUUCCCUCACAGUGCAGAAAUAAAGGGUUCUGCUAAUGGCUUGCUUUUUCUAUCCAAGCCUCGCUGUGAAGCUCACAGUGAAGAUCAUUAUGUAUGUAAUCCGAUUACCCGUGAGUAUGUUGAGGUUCGUUGCCCUAAAGAAUUAGUCCAUCUGUUUCCAAGCCAAUUCAAUUGUCCUGAAGUUGAGUUGUUUUUCCCACGUUAUCCUCAACCUGCAACUUAUGGAUUUGGAGCGAGCAAAAUAACUGGCCAACAUAAGGUGGUGCGGAUUUUCCAUGGUCGUGUCACUGCUCCUGGAGGGAGGAGGAUCGUUCCUAUAUUUGAGUGUCAUGUUCACACUCUUGGAACAGGAUCUUGGAGACGUGUUGAAUCUAGUGCCCCGUUCCAGUAUAGUACCGAUGCCACUUGUGUAUUUCUUAAUGGUAAUCUUCACUGGAUAGUAUCUCCAUGA